CGCCCCGGCUGUGGCCCCCGGCUGCGGAGAACUCUGAAACGCAGCUGCCGCGCCGGGGCCUGAGUGACCGCCUCCUGCGCCGCUGGCGGACCCGGAGCGCCCCGCACAGGUUUAGACCCCGUGUGCCUGUCGGGCUGUGCCCAGGUUCGGAGCCAUGCCAGUUUGUGGGUGAAACUCAAGGCAGUGAUGGAGCCACUGCACCCUCAGCAGAAGCAGCCGCCGCCGCCACAGCCACCCCACCUGGCUCCUCUGCAGAUGGAUGCCAGAGAGAAGCAGGGGCAGCAGAUGAGAGAAACCCCGUUCUUGUACACCCAGAAGCUGGUCACACAGCAGACUCACCUUUCUGCCACACCUGGGAGGCCUUCUGGCAGCCCUGCCCUGGGUCCCUCAGCCAGAGUUCCACCGGCCACUGCAGGGGCCCGAGUUUUUGAACGGAGCAAGGUGAACUCAGAGCCUGAGGAAGAGGAAGGAGGUUUGGAAGGUGAGGAUGGGGAUGAUGAAGUUGCAGAGGUGCCUGAGAAACAGACCCAGGCUGCUUCAAAAUAUUUUCAUGUGCAGAAGGUGGCUCGCCAAGACCCCAGAGCAGCUCCCUUACCUGGUCUGCUCCCAGCACCAGGGCUCGCACCCCAUGGACAGCAAGCUAAAGAAGACCAUACCAAAGAUGCUUCGAAAACCUCCGCUUCAGUCUCUGCGGCAGGGCAGCCGGGCUGGAACCUGGAUGAGCAGCUCAAGCAGAAUGGUGGUUUGGCCUGGAGUGACGAUGCAGAUGGAGGCCGGGGAAGAGAGAUCUCUCGUGAUUUUGCCAAGCUGUAUGAACUGGACAGUGACCCGGAGAGGAAAGAGUUCCUGGAUGACCUCUUCGUCUUUAUGCAGAAGAGGGGGACCCCUAUCAACCGAAUCCCCAUCAUGGCCAAGCAGAUCCUGGACCUGUACAUGCUGUAUAAGCUGGUGACGGAGAAGGGGGGCCUGGUGGAGAUCAUCAACAAGAAGAUCUGGAGAGAGAUCACCAAAGGCUUGAACCUGCCCACGUCCAUCACCAGUGCGGCCUUCACCCUGAGGACCCAGUAUAUGAAAUAUCUCUAUGCCUACGAGUGCGAGAAGAAAGCCUUGAGCUCCCCUGCUGAACUGCAGGCGGCCAUUGACGGCAACAGGAGGGAGGGUCGGCGGCCCAGCUACAGUUCCUCCCUCUUUGGCUACUCACCCACCACCGCCGCUGGGGCCCCUGCCCUCCUCUCCCCACCCAAGAUCCGCUUCCCUAUCCUUGGGCUGGGCUCCAGUGGUGGCACCAGUGCCAGCGGCUCUCGAAUGUCCCCGGCAGCUCCUCUCAGGAAAGGUGAUGGAGUCCCAGUGACCACCGUGCCUGUGCCAAAUCGCCUGGCUGUGCCUGUGACUUUGGCUGGCCAACAGGCCAGUACCCGGACGGCCACGCUGGAGCAGCUGCGGGAGCGGCUGGAGUCAGGGGAGCCUCCAGAGAAGAAGGUGUCCAGGCUGUCAGAAGAGGAGCAGCGCCUGGUGCAACAGGCUUUCCAGCGCAACUUGUUCAACAUGGCGCGGCAGCUGCCCAUGAAGAUCAGGAUCAACGGCAGGGCAGAGGACAGAGCAGAGGCCUCGGCGGCAGCACUGAACCUAACCACAAGCAGCGUUGGGAGCAUCAGCAUGUCUGUGGACAUCGAUGGGACCACUUACGCAGGUGUGCUGUUUGCCCAGAAACCUGCAGUCCACCUCAUCACAGGAUCCGCCCCCCAGAGCCUCGGCAGCAGCUCAAGCAGCAGCAGCAGUUCUCACUGCUCGCCAAGUCCUACCUCAUCCCGGGGCACCCCCAGUGCAGAGCCCUCCACCAGCUGGUCCCUCUGAGGGGCAGGACCCAGCUCUGCACUCCCCACUCUUCCUUCAAGAGCGGCGGAAGUUGAUGCACAGAAUUUACCUCAUCUCACGGAGCCCACAUCAGACACCAUUUGGCCGGAUGUUGAGAGUUUGGACAUGUCCGUCUGCCCAGGCUCCAUCAGGUCCUGCUGUACUCUAGAGGCAGGGAGAGGUGGAGGGGCCUGACAGGGCAGCGUUGUCCAAUCAGGGAUUGUUCUGGAGAACUGGGCAGGGUCUGUGGACGUCCAGCUUCCCCCAGGGCUCCCAGGCCCCCUCCCAUCCCGGGCACAGUGUAUCGACAAUCUGUAAGCUGACACAGGGCUGGAGACUCUCCACACCCUUUCCCCUUUAAUUUAUUUCUCUCUCCCUGCCUUCUGCUGUGACUCCAGGGUCGCUGGUCUCUUUCCCUGCUCAGCUCCCCCAUCUUUAACUCCCAUGUGGGGCUGCUUGGAGCCGAGAGCACACCUCUGUGGCCCUUCUCUGCUGAGCAUGGGAUGGGGUCCUCCCAGUCCACCUUGCUUACCAUGUUUGGCUCCUGGAGUGUGGGCCCCUCAAAUUCAUGAAGCAGUCCUCAGGGCCCCAUACCCCUUUUUAAUGGUUCCGAGCAAGGGCUGAUAAGGGCAGUCCUCAGGACCCAGGGCCUGCUGGGGAUCUGCCAAGGGAGAGGCAGGGCCCCGGGGGCGGCCCAGACAGGCCCUGGCACCCACCCCACUGGCCCUUUCCUGACCCACCCAGACCUCAUGCCCGCCCCCCCACCCCCUCCAUGGGUCCCUGCUGGCCAGCUCUCCCAGGAAACAGCCCACUUGUCCCUCAGGCCCCUCCUUUCCUCGGCGAGGGGCCACCUCAGCCCCUACAUCCCCAAACCUGCCAGUGUCAGGCUCGUUGAAAUACCUCAGAUUUGUAAUUGUUGAUGUUUGAUUCUUCAGGAAGUAUUUGCAUCUCUGAAAUCUUUUUUAUAUGUGUUUGCUGACUUUUGUGGGUUUUUUUACUUUAAAAUUUUUAUUGUUGUUACUGUAGCACCAAAGAAACGAAAGCAGAUGUCCCCCAAAGCCGAGCAAAUGGUUUGGUACCCCAGCCCCUCUGGCCCUUCCCUAAGAUCCCCCAGUGAAGAGGAGGGGGAGGUGGCAGGAGAGAUGACUCAGGGAUCACAGUGGCGGGAGGAGGUGGAAUGGAGGGACCCCUCUCACGCAGGUUGGGUCCUGAAACCACACUGGUUGUCAGGAUGGCCCUUGACCCAUUUCCCACCAGAGCGGGGCAGCCCCUCACCGGGCUAGGGGCAGGGCAUCUCCCCUUGACUCAGCAUUCCCACCCCAGGGCCGGUGCAGGCCAUGGAGGCCACGAACCCUGCAGGGGUCGAGCUGCCCCAGAGGGUGAGGCGAUGCUGAGAGAGCUCUGUCUCUCCUCUUGCACGCUGGGGUGAAACAGGCUGCUCCUGUGUCAUGAAGAAGAGGUGAUUUUCACACACGGCUCUGCAGUGUUCACUGAAACCCCGCCCACUGUGACAUUAUCCGGCGGUAGCGGUGGGAGGCUGAGGUGGACCCAAGCCCACACAUGCCCCACGCUCAGUCUGGCUAGGAAAGGAAAGGGAAAUCAGACACUUGAGCCCAGAUCACAUACCUCAGCCCGGUGAGCUGCAGCGUCACCAGCUGCAUCUCCUCUCUCUCCCCUAGCCCCCAGCACCGUCUCACACUCACACACACACAGCCCCAUCCGCUGGGGGCUGACCCUCUCCUGGCCUCACCAGGCCGGCACAGGGCUGAGCAGAGAGGGGCAUCUGGUGUCUGUGUCAGGGAGGAGCCUGGUUGGCUGGCGCUGGGCCCGCUUGAAGGCAUCACAGACGUUUGGCCAGUGUGUCUUUCUCAGGACUUUGGUCACGAAGGAUGGACCCUUGCCACCUGGAGGACACAGGGACCAUGUGCUGAGUCUUCCUGGUUGUUGGAUCCUCUCCCUUUCCCCGGGCAGCUUGCCCAGCCUCACCCUCUCACCAAGGCCUCACUGCCCUGAGGGGCAAUAGUAGGGUCUCAACCUGAAAGCCAGAGGGUAGGCGUGCCGGCCAGUGCCCCCAGAAUGGGGCCCUGGGCCAAGAAGAGCUCUCCGGACGGUGCAGCCCUGAGGUCACAUGGCAGCCAUUGACCGGGGCCACUUGGUCCCCUCCCCUUCCCCGUCUUGUAUUUAACCAGGAAAAAAAUGUGAUAGCACAUGGGUAGCCUAGGCAGUGGAUGAAUACCUCAGAAGUCCUCUUGCAGCAAGUGUCUGUAUAUGUUGUGGUUAUUUUCUAUCUACAUGUUCUCGAAUGUUUAUAUUUCAAUAAACCUCUACCUCUUCACUCAAGCAGGA